AGAAUGCACGGCUCGCUCGCCCCAUCCGCGGCCGUUGGGCGCGCUCUUGCGGCCGAGUGACGGCGACCGGCGAGCCGAUGACCAGGACCAUUAUAAAUCAGGCAUACUGUAGUGGAGUGAAAAAGGAUUGACCUGUAUUCUUAAGCAUCACCCCAGGGAAUGCAUUACUUUGGUUUCUUAAACACUGCAAUCUGCAGAGGACUGAGAAAACCCUUCAAGCAGCACUGGAGACUGCUACCGGAAAACCUGAUCUACUGUAGUCAUUACUUUUCUACCUCCUGUUCCUUUAAUAAUCGGAAAAGGAACCUGAGUCAAUAUGAGCAGGUUGAUCAACAGAAAUAUGCCUCUUUAGUUCGCUCUGUUGUUUCAGCGAAGACCAGCCCUCAGACCCCUGAAACGCUGUUUGGUGAGGAUGAUCUGUUAUACGGCCCAGUCAUUAAAUCAAAGCCAACCACAGAUGACUCAAAAGCUGAAAUCCCAAAGAUGUCAGCUCCCUUGAACACUGGUCACAGUGCUGGCUUGACACAGGAGACUGCAUUAAAACAACCACUCCAGAUUGCUUUGAGGAGGGUCUAUUCAAAGGCAAGCCUGCCUAGUGUGACGCGCGUCCUGCAGCUGACGAUGUCCUUGGAGCAAGCAUUUUACUUGGAGAGGUGGAAACGCAGAAUGAUAACCGAGCUGGGAGAAGAGGGAUUUAAAGAGUACAAUAAUAAUCUUCUGAAUCAAGGAAAGCUCUUCCAUGCUGCUCUGGAAGUGGCUCUGCAGUCAGCAGAAACUCCAAAAUCAGAUAGUGAGAAGAUUGCUGGUUACUUGCAAAGCGUGGAGCACGUCCUGAAAGAUGUCAGACGCGUCCAAGUUUUGGAGAGUGCUGUGCAUCACCAGCCAUUGCAGUAUGUGGGGAUGGUGGACUGUGUAGCAGACUUUAGAGGUAAAUUAUGUGUAAUUGACUGGAAAACAUCUGAAAAACCCAAACCAUAUUUGAGGAACACAUUUGACAACCCAAUUCAAGUGGCUGCAUACACUGGUGCCCUCAACCAUGACAACAACUAUGACUUUCAGGUUCAGCAUGGACUGAUUGUAAUUGCGUACAAAGAUGGUUCCCCAGCGCACCCCCACUUUAUGGACUCUGAUCUGUGCCUCAAGUACUGGCAGAAGUGGCUGCUUCGGCUGAAAAAAUAUAAAGAGAAGAUCAGCAAUACUUUAUGAUGGGGAGUUUAAGCAAGAAACCAGCAUCUGCUGAAAGAGUCUUGUACAUGUACAUUAGUAAUACAGUUGGAUCCCAAAAGCAUGUUGCUUUAUUAAACAUCGGUGACUUAAGUGGCGAUUUUCAUUUGAACAGUCUGGUUAGUACUGUACUUUUUAAAUUGCCGGUUUUAUAUUUCUGUAAGCGAAAUAUAAAGUAUUUGUAUAGUAAUACUGGCUGCAGUUAUCUUUUACUGCAUUGCUGAUCAUGAGGGCUGACCUAAUAACCCAAUAUUAUUAUUACAUGUCUGAAUUCAAAAGCAACUGAAUGAAGCACAUAUUUUAGAAUCCAGAGUGUGAGUUCCAUCUUACCUCAAGGUUAUUCGGAUGAAAAAUACAUCUCAUAAAAGAAAAUCACUGCCUUUCUUACCUUGUGUGGUUGUAGAUACAUUUCUAAAGUAAAAGUCAGUCUGAGGUAUAGUGUUGCAAAUUCUGUCUUGGUUUUUAACUGGACAGAUCCUUGCAUUGUGUUUUUUCCAAGUGCUGAACUGUUCCUAUAACUAACUGCUCACCAGAAUAGAAUUGUUACUGUAAAUGGUGGCUUAUGCUUACUAAAUAUACUAAAGAUUCAGUUUA